AUGGAGCCGAUGUGGAACUCCUCCCACCCGCCUCCACAGCUCGUUUCCAACAUGUCUGCCUCCUCUCUGCCCGAGGGCUGGGCUCUGUCCCAGUCGCUAGCCCUGCUGGCCAUGCUGCUCAUGGAUCUGCUGGCAGUGUUGGGAAACGGGGCUGUCAUGGUGGUCAUUGCCAAGGCGCCACAGCUCCACAAGUUUGCCUUUGUCUUCCACCUGUGCGUGGUGGACCUGCUGGCAGCCCUGGUGCUGAUGCCCCUGGGCAUGCUUUCCAGCCGGGCGUUCUUCGGGGAGGCCCUGUGUCAGAGCUACCUCUUUCUCAGUGUGUGCCUGGUCAGCGCUGCCAUCCUCUCCAUCUCCGUCAUCAAUGUGGAACGUUAUUACUACAUCAUACACCCCAUGCGAUAUGAAGUAAAAAUGACUGUUGGCCUGGUAGCGUCAGUGCUGGUGGGGAUAUGGGUCAAAGCCCUGGCCAUGUCUGCUCUGCCGUUGCUUGCCUGGUUCUUGCAAGGUGGAAGAACGCCACUUCUGGAGAGUAGUGGGGUUGGAGGAGGAGGAAGUGGGGCGGUUCCAUCUCCCCCUGCUCAGGGUCACAGGCGCUGCUCGCUUCACUGGACGGGGGGAGGGUCAAACCGCUUGGCCUUUAUGGUCCUCUUCACUCUGGUGUAUUUCCUGUGUCCACUACUAGUCAUUCUUGUUGUGUACUGCAAUGUCUUUAAAGUGGCUCGGGUAGCUGCCAUGCAUCACGGGCCUCUGCCAACCUGGAUGGACACUCCUCGUCGCCAGCGGUCAGAGUCACUCAGCAGCCGUUCCAUUAUGGUUACCAGCUCUGGGACUGGGACAGGGACAGACAGAGCGACUCCACAGCGCCCCUUUGGGGGAGGAAAGGCUGCAGCUGUGUUGGCAGCAGUCGGUGGGCAAUUCCUCUGUUGCUGGCUGCCCUACUUUACUUUCCACCUGUAUUCAGCACUGGCUGCCAGCCCUCCAGCCGCACUGGCCUCUCUGGAGGAAGUGGUUACCUGGAUCGGCUACUUCUGCUUCACCUCCAAUCCGUUCUUUUACGGCUGCCUCAACAGACAGAUCCGGGAGGAGCUGGGCAAACAUCUUCCCUGCCUGUUUCGUCGAGCAGGGGUCGAGGUUGAGGACAGACUGCCCAGCCGCGAAGGAUCCAUCGAGGAGAAUUUCCUCCAGUUUCUUCAGGGUACCGGCUGCAACUUGGAUCCUCAAAACUCUCACGGCACCUCCAGUCCAAAGGGGGAGGCCUGCUGCCCUGUGACGCCGUCCCAACCACCUGAGCCAGCACAGCCCAUACCCAUUGAUUUCCGUAUCCCUGGACAAAUUGCAGAGGAGACUUCAGAGUUUACUGAGAACGAACAGGGGAAGAACAACAAUAUAUAUACAGAAAACUAA